AUGAAGUUCGCAUCAAUCAUUACCCUGGUACUACCGACAGUAGCGCUAGCUCAGAUAUCCACCCCUGUCGUCAGCGAUGCUCCGGCACCUUCUGGACCCCCAGACUUGUCAGUCUGCGAAAAGCAGGCUGGUACUUACGCCGACGCUUGUCCUAGAUGUAAUCCAAAGUGUGUAGGCUCGUCUGCUUACGAGGAUUGUCUAUAUAGCGUAUUUUCAACGAUCAACGGUAUUCAGUCUCAAUGCUGGCAGCACGGCGGCAACAACUGCAGGGAUUUGGCUAUUAACCAAGUUUGCGGCUGA